AUGGGAGGGACUGGUGAGCAAAGCCAAAACUACUCUACCAACCCCGCCGACUACAAGCUUCUAGAAGAAGUUGGUUAUGGCGCCACCGCCACCGUCUACAGAGCCAUCUAUCUUCCCUUUAACCAAGUCGUGGCUAUCAAGUGCUUGGAUCUCGAUCGUUGUAACAUCAAUCUCGAUGAUUUGCGCAGGGAAGCCCAAACGAUGAGUCUGAUCGAUCACCCAAACGUGGUGAAGGCGUACUGCUCCUUCGCGGUGGAGCGGAAUCUGUGGGUGGUGAUGCCGUUCAUGGACGAGGGCUCCUGUUUGCAUCUCAUGAAGAUUGCUUACACCGACGGCUUCGAGGAAGACGCAAUCGGAUCCAUCCUGAAAGAAACUCUGAAGGCCCUGCAGUACCUCCACCACCAUGGCCACAUUCAUCGGGACGUCAAGGCCGGCAACAUUUUACUCCACAGCAACGGAGCCGUCAAGCUCGCCGACUUCGGUGUCGCCGCGUGCUUGUUUGACGCCGGUGACAGGCAGCGGUGCAGAAACACUUUUGUCGGGACCCCUUGCUGGAUGGCUCCUGAGGUGCUGCAACCUGGAACUGGCUAUAAUUCCAAGGCUGAUAUUUGGUCUUUUGGGAUUACCGCACUUGAGUUGGCUCAUGGUCAUGCACCAUUUUCAAAAUAUCCUCCAAUGAAGGUUCUUCUAAUGACCAUACAGAAUGCCCCUCCUGGACUUGAUUAUGAUCGUGAUAAAAAGUUCUCAAAGUCCUUUAAGGAAAUGGUUGCUAUGUGCCUAGUGAAAGAUCAAACAAAAAGGCCAUCAGCAGAGAAGUUAAUGAAACAUUCCUUCUUCAAACAUGUUAAGCCUCCCGAGCUCUCUGUAAAGAAAUUGUUUGCUGAUUUACCACCUCUAUGGAAUCGCGUAAAAGCCCUCCAGCUCAAAGAUGCAGCUCAACUAGCAGUCAAGAAAAUGCCUUCUGCAGAAGAAGAGGCAAUAUCUCAGAGUCAAUACCAUCGAGGAGUUAGUGCGUGGAACUUUGAUAUCGAUGAUUUGAAAGCUCAAGCUUCAUUGGUGACGGAUGAUGAUGAUAUUACUGGUACGAGGGAAGAUGUAAACGAUUUUGUCACCAAUUACAAGGCUGGUGCAGUUGAUUCCCAGUCUGGUACCGGCAACAUGAUUUCAGAUAAGGCAUCGCUGAAUAAAAUCACAUCACGGGUAGGGGCUAUUGACAUAAAACAGACUGAGCAGAGUGAAUACUUGAACAGAAAGGAGAAAAUUCUUGAAAGCGAUAUCCAGGAACAUGGAUUGCCCAAAAAUAUCAUUUGGAAGAGAAAUGGGUCAAUUCGAGAGGCAACGACAUCUACCCUAGAGAAAGAUAUAGGCAUGAGCAAAAUUAAAAAAGGCCAAUCGGUGAAAACCCGUCAAACCCAAAGUGGACCACUAUUGCCAGUCACAGUUCUCAGCCAUUCUAAAUCAGAAAGGGGACGAACAUUAGAAAGACUGUUUGAUGAAAUGAAGCGAGUUCCUGUUAUAGUUGACAAACCGGAUGGAUUCUUGGCUUGGCCAAGAUGGCUUAAACUUUGGCAAACUCCUAAGGAUAUGGCUCACCUUAGAAGGGCUCUUGGAAAACCGCCACUUGAGAUAUGA